GGUUUGAACGUCUGCUGGAAAAUUGGUUGUUGCAAAGUUUGGGCCCUCUCUCUCUCUCUCUCUCACACACACACACACAGUAAAUCAUCUCCAUCUUUUCUUCCUGUCCGGCUCACCCAAACCAUGUCUCUCACAGCUUUGAUGUUCCGGUCACUGGUGAGGUUUCUGUCAUCUUUUGUGGAUGAACCAGCAGUUUCUAUAGCAACCAUACUGCACUACAGUGAUCUUCUUCCUCAAAACACCAUCUUAGAGACAUUGGUUGAAGACGCUUUGCUCCAUCCAGAGAACUAUCUGUUCCAUUUCCUCAUCAACUUGUUGAAAUGUUUUUGGUAGAUACAUUCAAGGGUGAGGCUUGAAGUAGAGGUAAAAUUUGGGCCACGGGGUCGAUUUCUGGAAAUAGUCAUUCUUGCGUUCAUUUAACUCUAGACCCUGCAAAUGCCGGACUCACCCACGGAUAGGUAGUUUUGAUUUUCACUAUUUUUGGUUUCACAUAUUCCAUGGUGAAGCGGUUCUUUUGAUCUACAUUCCUGACUGCUGAUAUAGUUCUUGCUUAUUUUCUGUCAAAUUAGUAUGUUAUCAGACACUUGCAUGGUGAUGUUUGUGUCAUUAUACUGAAUUAUACCAAUUGGGGAAUAAAUUUGAAGUCUGAUCUAAUUUUUAUUAUCUUGGGGUCUAUUUAUUCUUGAUAUUGAACUCCAUUGCAAGCAGUUUGUCUGUCUAUCCAA